AUGGCGCUGGAUAGAGUAAAAAAUAAUAGAUGGCUUCCACUACUGAAGUCAGGUAGCUAUCUUCUGCCGAGAUGGCCUCACAAAAUUAGAAGCGGGUCACUUGUCGGAGCAACCAAGAACCGUGUCGGGCCGAUGUUGGAACGAAGGCCCACGCCGCCAUCUGCGAUUCCUCUUCAAAAGAUUAUCUCGAGUCUGCCUCGAUUGUUCCCUAGGUCUAUAGAACAAUCCUGUUGCGAUUAUAGAGACUUCAAAGCCGAUCCAAACGACUUGCAGGCACAGCUCCUUUCGUCUUUGCCUUUCUUCCCAGUGGCCAACGACGGGAAAACGGCGAAAAUAGUGAAAACACCCGUUGACGACCAAGGCAAUUACAUCAAUGAGUUCACAGUAUACCCUACUCAUCCUAAUAGCAGUACACCAAUGAAGCACUUGAUUCUGGUACACGGAUAUGGGGCGGGUUUGGGUUUCUUUCUUAAAAAUCUAGAGAAACUCAAACUUGGGAAGAAUGAUUGGACUGUUCACGCCAUUGACCUUCCGGGAUACGGGUUUUCCUCUCGCUGUAAAUUUCCCUUUCGCUUUGCCCGGGAUCCCGCGGAACUAGUUGAACAAUGGUUCCAUUCAAGGUUUCGUAGCUGGAUGGAAACUAAAGGCCUUCUCAAAACUCCGCAAAAUAAUAUGGUAGUAGCGCACUCAAUGGGAGCAUAUUUAACAGCUCUCUAUGCGAAUAAAUUUCCGUAUGAUUUCCGUAAAUUGGUUAUGUGCUCUCCCGCCGGAAUCUGUAGUUCAGACCCCAUGUUGCGCAAAUCACACCCUCCUUGGUGGUUUCAAAAGUUGUGGGAUAGAAAUAUAUCCCCAUUUUCGUUAGUUAGAAACGCCUUCAUAUUUGGCUCCAUGCUUACCAGCGGUUGGUCUUACAGGCGAUUUGGAUCUCUACUAGGAAGCAAGAGUAGCACGGGCGCCCGUCAAUUCGAAGCAUUGCAUAGGUAUGCUUACGCUAUUUUCAAUCGCCCUGGAUCUGGUGAAUAUUUGUUACCGUUUGCUUUGAAAUGUGGGGGUGAUCCGAGAGUCGCAUUAGAAGAGAGACUUUUUAAUUUCGAAGACCAUUUCAAAGCAAAAUGCGAUUGGCUCUGGCUGUAUGGUGACAACGAUUGGAUAGAUGCCACGGGCGGCGAGAGAGUCUCCAAAUUACUUGGGGAAUGGAAGGGGCCAAAAAGUGCAUUUAAUUUGAUAAAAGAUGCAGGCCAUCAUCUUUAUUUUGACAACUAUGAGCAAUUCAAUUCUAUUCUUGAAAGGGAGAUGGCUAAAUGGGAUUCCUAA